AUGAUCUGUCAUGUGCCAUAUUCGGACUAUGAGUCUCCGGACUUCGCAAUGAAGAUGCGUGUCAGCGUGGCGGCAGCAGUGCUCUGCACAGCAGCCAGUGUCGUGAUCUGGUGGAACCAGUCAAGCGAGUCGAGCGUCGGUGAGCGGAGAGAAGCUUGUCAAAGGUGUUCAGUGAAGACGGCUCCACAUAUUGUUGGGCUUCCUGCCCGCGUGAUUAUCGCCAGCCACCCGAAGACGGGCUCCACCACUCUGCUUCGAGCUGCUGCUGCUUCCCUGGGAUAUGGAAAGGCGAUACGAGGACAUUAUCUUGGGGUGGAAGGUGCAUCUCAUUGGGACACAGAAGCACUGCGUUGGCUAGUAAACUGCACGGCUGCAAGUUGGUGCUUGACGUUGGGCUUGAAUGGAAAGCUUGCUGCGUCGAAGGCCAACAGCCAGCGGAAACUAGAAGAGGAGGAAGAAGCGGUCAUUUUUCAGACGAAAAAGUACGCUUUUACUGGGAUGUACUCUCAUCUCAAUGGCAGACCGAUCACAGUUAGUUUGCCUCCCGCAGAGGGGCUCAAGCCUGAAUUUUGCAAAUCAAGUUUUAUCCCCGGAAAUGGUUGGAUUGUUUCGGGACUUCGAAGACCGGGACCCCUAUGGGUGUCAGCCCAUUUCCAGAUGGUUGUUACAAUGGAUUGCCACGGGGAUCUUUCCUGUGCGGAAAAGUAUUUCCAGGGCUGCUCUGACGAAGACCUCGUAAAGGGCAUCAUCAAUCAUACCAGAUUUGGAAGCCACAGGUUUAAUCACUGGUGGUGGGACACCUACCUGGCCUUGUACAGGAUUGGGCUUAACUUUUCUUUGGAUGAUGUAUUUCGCGAGAGGGCUGCCAUUCUGCCGACUGCUGUUUGGGUGGUGCUGCCAGGGCUGGAGGCAGGCAUGAAAGCACGUGAAGCUGCUUUACGGCCCUGGCUGAGUGUGAACUUAUCUGAGAACGUCAUGAAUCAGUCGCGACAGUCGUGGGCAAUGCAGUAUGCACGGAUGAUGAACCAUUUUCGCAAUGAGUCACAGUGGCCAACUGAUGUAGCGCAAGGGCUGCGAAGCAGUGACAUGAUGACCCUCUUUUAUCCUGAUGCCAAGCUGUUCUGA